CACGGAUUGUCCUUUCCUAUUGCAUUAUUCCCCGGUUUUAUUUUACUAAAGACUCUUGAUUAUUUAAUUUUGCAUAUUACGUUCCCAUGUCAACAAAAAUAUUGUAUUUUAUAUCUGACAACAUUUUUUUGCGGUUCAAAAAAAUCCCGUGAAAGCUGUCAGGGGCGCGGCGUUACAAAAGUCACAUUAAAGGUGGCCGUCAUUUGCCUUUUGUUGUUUGCAAAAGGCUGCGUUUAAUAUUUCGUUGCGGAGACCCUUUGCGCACAGGUGGGGGACCCGCCCGGUGGGACGGCCCCCUCUCCCGGCCCCUCGGCGGAGGAUGCGAGCGGCUGACAUUUGCUGCUGCGGUUCGGGACGGGAGGUGCAGCGUCUCUGCAAACAGGUGUGAUCCAGCGCAGACAAGCCGGGUCCCCGGUCCGACAGCAGACUCGCUCGGUGCUUCUCCGCGCAGCGGGACCAGGACAUCUGCCUCCUACACGCCUUUCCAGUUUUCACAUUAUAUUACUGCCGUCGCCGGCCAGCUCGUCGGAGAAAGGAAAAGAAGCGAAGCCAUGACAAGUAAAAAAUGUGCGGAUAUAACAAAACGGAGCCGGAGCCCCGUGGUGCUGGAUGCGGAGAUGUUCGGCGGGUUUCAGGACUGGUGCCUAAGGACCUACGGGGAUUCGGGCAAGACGAAGACGGUGACCCGGCGAAAAUACAACAAAAUCAUGCAGACGUUGCUGCAGGGCGACGAGCCGGACGGCGUGUACGUGGAGAGCAGUACCAUAAACGCCAAAUUCAAAUUCUGGGUGAAAUCUAAAGGCUUCCAGGUCGGCAGUAGCGUGCUGAGCGGGCACAGCCAAAAAGGGGGCUCCGGGAAGCCCGUCCUCUACGUCCCGGUCAAGUCCACGUGUGCUGAUGGCGGCUCCAGCACGGACAGCUCAUCCCUGAAGCGCGUGGCUGUGGUGGAGGACUUCUUUGACAUCAUCUAUGCGAUGCACGUGGAGAUGGGCCCGGACGUAGGCCGUACACCCAAGCAUGCAGGCCAAAAGAAGACAUACAAGGCGAUCGCAGAGACAUAUGCCUUCCUGCCGCGGGAGGCUGUCACACGCUUCCUCAUGAGCUGCGGAGAGUGCCAGAAGCGGAUGCAUAUCAACCCCAGUACCGCUGAGUUUAAAGAGAACGACAGGCCGGCCCCAUUGGUUCCAGACCUCAUUGACUACAACAUGCCGCUCACCGCCACCUACUUGAAGCAGAUGAAGCUGCAGUGUAUGAACACCAACGAGCAGGAUGACACCUCAGUGAGCAGCGAGGACCUCGAAAUGAACGACCCCACGUGGAUGUCCACCGACCGUGGCCCCACGUCGGACAUGAGCCCCCCCCAUCCUGGAGCACGGUCACACAGCCCUGAGACCGGGCAUAAGGACGAGGAUGACGACUCCUCCUCUGAAAGCGGCAGUGCCAAUGGGGUGCCCUCGCUGACGCCUCCCACAGCGGCCGGGGCACCCCCCCCUGAGGCCGAGGUGAAUGGGGGCGGGGGCGCAGCACCGCUGGACUUCAGCACCACGUCCUCCUCACCCUCCUCCGAGGAGCAGCAACCCAUCAACCUCGCAGCUGACCACACUGUGCCCGACGGCCUGCGCAGGAAGUACCCUGGUGGGCCUCCUCACGCCACGGAGCUGCGCCUGGACUAUGGCAACAAGUCCCCUCAGUACAGCUCAGGGAGUUACGACUCUGUAAAGACAGAGGUGAGCGCCUCCGCUGAGGACCUAAGCACGGGCCGGGUGCAGGCAGUCGACGACGACGAUGACGAGCACGACGACCACGAUGACAGCGACAAGAUCACCGACACAGAGGGCCUGGAUCCCGAGCGGCUGAAAGCCUUCAACAUGUUUGUGAGGCUCUUCGUGGAUGAGAACCUGGACCGCAUGGUGCCCAUCUCCAAGCAGCCCAAAGAGAAGAUCCAGGCCAUUAUUGAGUCGUGCAGCCGGCAGUUCCCGGAGUUCCAGGAGCGAGCUCGCAAGCGCAUCCGCACCUACCUCAAGUCCUGCCGCCGCAUGAAGAAGGGUGGCAUGGAGACGCGGCCGACACCGCCACACCUCACCUCUGCCAUGGCUGAGAACAUCCUGGCUGCAGCUUGCGAGAGUGAGACACGUAACGCAGCCAAGAGGAUGCGGCUGGACACCUACCAGCCUGCAGAAGAGCAGAUUGCCCUUGACAAACCCAGUCUGCGGGACCCAGCCACGCUAGCACACUCUGCCUACUCCCUGGCCGCCUCCGUCUACUCCCAAGAGCAGCUCUACACCAACGGCGGCCUCAACUACAACUACCGUGGUUAUGGUCCACAGCACACCACCCCUGGGUCCACUGCCACCCCACAGACUAAUGGGCCCACAGACCUCAGCAUGAAGUCCAUGGCGCCCGGCAGCUCCAACAGCCACGGGCCAGGUGGAGGGGGAGGGGGUGCCUCGGCUCAGCUGAGCGCCCCCGAAGUGGCAGCAGUGCGGCAGCUCAUCGCCGGUUACCGCGAGUCGGCAGCAUUCUUGCUGCGCUCAGCGGACGAGCUGGAGAGCCUGAUCCUGCAGCAGAACUGAGAAGCUGCCCCAGCCCCCCACCCCCCAAAAGCACCCGCCGUUCAUCACCCAUCUACCCGCACCCCAUACAUGCACAGACAGUGCCAUAAACGCACAGAUACACUCACGGUCAUACACACACUCGCACAGAGCUACACAAACGCAUAGCCAUAAACACAAAGACACACACACACAGCCACACAUAGAAAUACACAGACGGAGACACGCAUAGAGUCACACAUAGAAAUGCACAGACAGAGACGCACAGAGUCACACACGACAGCCCACACCUGUUUAGGAACAGUUUCUGCUCCGUAGUACUUUGUCUGACUCAGAAACACACACAUCACAGAAAAACAAGGAAACAAAUGAACACAGAGUUGAGUAAUGCAUUGAUAGAGAUGAGACUACCUAACGGAGUGUCAGCCGCCAUCUUGGCACCCCCCAUUUUCCCCACUGGGUGGCGCUGUGUCACACUCGCAGCAGACAGAACAGAGGAGGCCGGGACUGGCAUGCGACAGGACCAUCCGCUUUUGUCUGCAUUUUAUACAAGCUGCUCCCAGCCUCCUAACUGGCAUUUUACAAAGACAAUGAUACUUUCAAGUCAAAAGAAGGUUGUUCUAAUUGACCCAGUCCGUGUCACAACCUGCUGACUGAAAGACGGCACUCCUGGGUGCGGAGGACGAACAUCUGCCAAGAAGCAAAGCGUAAAGGAGGAAGAGGAAGAUGAGAAGGUCGGCCGUGACCUGUACAUAAUCUCUCGGUGUCCCUGCACUUUUCACACCCCCCCCCACCCCCCGUGACUCAAGCCUCCUGCCAUUUCACACAUGAAGAUACCUCAGAACCACAGUACUCACUGUUUUUUUUGCGCUUUUUUUCCCCAGACUUGGUGUUUAAAAGCAACAGUUAUCUCAUUAUAUUUUCUACAAAAAGGAAAGAUUUAAAAAAAAUGCUGAGAUUUAGAAAGUUCAAAAAUAUAAUUUCUAUGAUUUGACUUGUAAAGGGAAAGCUUUAGCAUUGCUUAGACCCAUAUGUAUAUAUUGCAGCUACCAGUUAUGGUAGUCAUGCUUGGCUAUGAAAGCCUGGAGUCUGGCGCCCCCUAUAGAUCUGAAACUGCAUAGGCUUUGGUCGGUACUCCCUGAGCCCCCAGAGUGGCUGGAUGUCUCAUCCUGCAGACUUCAGCACCGGCUGUUUCUCUGAUCUCUGAAAUGGCGCCUGGAUCGGCAGCGGUUUCCUGGCCGACGGGGUUGCCAUGUUUGGGGGGAUUUGCUGUUCCUGCCCCACACAGCCGGCCCUUUGCUCCAACACCCACGCAGCCCACUCCCCCACUCCCCUCGGCCCCUCCCCACUCUCCCGUCGCAUGAGUCGGUUGCGCUCUGCUGCGGAUAAGCAGGAGCGACGGCCUCGUUCCCACGCGGCCUGCCGCACCUCGGUUGCUGCUACGAACCUGUGGACCUCAAGCCAAGACUGCUGGUUCCUGCACACCUCAAGCUUGCAAGAGAAAGAAGGACAAUGCAACAAAAAAUGCAAUUGACAACAAAGCCAAAACUGGAGCUGAUAACACAACAAUCUAACGCUUUGUUCUUUUUCACUUUUGUCCUUCAUUUUUAUAAUUGAGACAGUCUGCGAUUCUCCAGGACGGACUCCCCUUACGCCACCUUCACCACAGCGCCCGCACACUCAUUGGCUGCCUGAGAUCUUGGGCGGCUCCUCACAAGUCCUCACUGCCCAGUUGCUCCUGGUGACGCCCCAUCGCCUCCCUCUGUGGUCCUAAUAUGACACACAUGGAUGCCCGCUGGUGGCCCACAGGAAGACUGGUGUCUUUCCCCACCAGUCACUUAGCUGGAUGCUUUCCCAGCUCAUGUUCCUUGCUCUUCGAUUGCUUGUUGGGCGAGGUACUGCAGUAAAGAUCAUUGUCAGCGAAUAUUCUCAUGAAAGAGAGUCCAGUUUGAUAAAAAGAUUAAACGCAUCAAUCCCAUGGCUGGCCAGUACCUCCAGUGUGUGUGCGUGCGCGCGAGUGUGUGUGUCCGUGCGUGUGUUUGUGUGUGAGUGUGUAAAUGUACCUGACAUUCAUUGUAGUUCUCCUGCACUGUGUCUUUCAAACCCGCAGCACGUUUGGGCUGCACCAUGAGCAUCGUGUGGCUUGGGUGGGGGUGGGGGGGGGGGGAUGUUGACACUCGUGCCCUGCUAGCUGGCUGCAUCACAUUCCUCUCGUAGACUGAGACUCUCGCUGUGACUUUAACGUGUAGCUCUUGCAAAAAGCCAACUCAUCCCCAGUGACACUAAACUCAUACAUCACCAGACACACAAAAAUGGCAUUAGACAAUCCUGGACGUGUAGCGUGUCUCCUGUGCAGCAUUCUGCUUGCUGUGCCCCCCACCCUCGCUUCCUGUGUGCUGGGCUGUCACAUCAUGGUAGCAUAAGUCCUUCAGACCUGCUCACGUGGGACAUGCAAACAGCCUCCAGCGCCCUGUCACCGGUUUCUGUUUUUAAGUGGUAUUAUUACACUCUGAUUUUUAUAUAUGUCUAUAUUUACAGAAUAUAUUUAUAGAGUACUGUUCUACCCCGAACGUCUUUUGUACGACGCUGAUUCACAGGAAGAGUUGCCUUGCCGUCCUCUUCACACAUUCCACAGCUCGGCCACUGGUGCAGCUGGCAUCUCCCAAUACCAUCACGCUGGUCACCUUGUGCAGACCCAGCCCAAAUCCUUUGGGAGGGGUACAGAGGGGGGAAGAAUUAUUGCGCUUUAAAAACUGCACAGAGGGUGUGACAUGUUGCUGUAACAGCCGGCAGCUCUUGUGGUAUGAUGCCCCAAGAAUCAGCGGACAGGGCUUCCAUAUGCAAGUGGCUCCUAGUAUCACAUGCUAGUGCGAUCGGUCACAGAUUCUGAGGAAGGAAAGAUGGGUGGGCAGACGUGCUUUCUUGUGUGUGACCAGCCAGUUCUGUCACGGACGCUGGGUUGGUCAGUUUUCUCUUUGCAGCAGGAUCACAAGCCACUUGAGGCUGUACAGGCUCGCUUGGGAAGGGUGAGUGUCUUGCGGGGGUGAGGGCAAGGGGGCUGCUUCCUCAAAAACAGUUUUAAGCUGUUGAGUAACUGCAGAUUAGUCAAUCGAUGAGCCUUGUAAGGGCUAUCCACCCAGCGAGUGUGUGUGUGUGUGUGUGUGUGUGUGUCUGUCUGUCUGUCUGUAUGUAAGAAGUCGCCAACCAGGCAUGGUGUUGGGUCAAUCCUCAGUUGAGAUGUUUCCUUUUUCUUUGUCCAGAGUAUUGAUAUAUAUAAGUACUUAUAUUUUCAGAGUUGGAGCCUCACUGCCGCUACCUGCUCUCUGUCUGGGGUCAGAUGUACAAGUCAGAAAAAAUAAACUUUUUAUUUUUCUAUCAGGGCAGUGAACAGCUUCAGUCAAAUCAAUAUGGUUCAGACCAUAGCCUGGUCUAUUCUGUAAUUUGCCAGUGAGUUAAGGUUUUAUGGUCGGUUCUGCUCAAGAAUUUCAUCUUUACAUACCAGAAGCUGAUGGUAUUAACUGUUUCUCUAUUUAUACCUUAUACUAAUGUAAAACUGUAUUUAUACUUUAUACCAAUGUGAAACUUUGUAAUUUUUCCCUCCCAAUUCUGGACUCAGUCGAAGUGUGAUGUUUACAUGUACAGAUUUUUGCAAUUGGUUUGACUUUGUUUUUCUUUUUGUUGUCGUUGUUGCUGAUGAUGUCGUUUGUUGCCCUGAUUCUCUGUCCCGUCUCCUAUCCCCCAGACUGUAUGCAUUUAUUCAAGAAACCUUGCGAAGUGCCGCCACACUCAGAUAGGAUGGCAUCACACUUCAGUGACUUUAGAAGGUCACUGCAGAGUGUGGCGAGCACCCAGGGAACACUGGCAGUUUCCUCAUUUUCAGCUAAUCGAGACCUUGCCACUACUGGGUUCUUUCAUUUCGGUUAUCAGGAGCUAGUUGCUAAUGUCGGCUCUCCGUCUCUCUCUGUCGCUCUGCACCUAUGCAUUCUUAAGGAGAUGUAGUUUUGUCUGUAAGAUGAACCUUCAGUUGAAAAGUUCUACCUGCACAAACACAUUCAGAACUUGGAACUUUUAAAUCUCACAGCUUUAAUUUUUUUUUUGUUCCCAAUUCUAAGGUCUCGAUGUAGCAGGUCUCUCGUCACCGAUGUUCCUCAGUGAAUUAGAAGCCAUUAACAGCCCCUGGAUCGUGUUUGCCAGGGGAAACAGAACCUCAGGAAAAGAUAUUCCCCAAGAAUUUACUUUUUUAAAAACACGUGUCUUACUGAAUCAGCAGUCCACCCUCCCUCUCUAAUUCCCAGUACCCUGUAAUUUAUGACAGAUAAUUAUUCGUUUUUAUAUUUAUUGUUGUGUUACGACAGUGGAUCCUUUUUCCAGUAUGUGUGGCUAAAUAUCUGAAUUACAAUGCAGUGCUUUUCCUGUCUAAUCUGGUUCAGUCUGGCCUGAACUUAUCCUGUCAUUUCCAAUCUGUUCCAGUCUUCUCCAGUCAUAUCUGAUUAUGUCCAGUCUGGUCUGGCUAUUAUUUCUUUCUCUGAUCUGACACUAUCCGGCCUAAACUAGUCCAGCCAGCUCAUUUCCAGUCUGGUAUCUGGUCUUAAUCAGUCAUAUCGGUUUUUUUCUGAUCUGAUCUGGUUAUGUUCAGUUUGAACCAGAUGUGUCUCUUUAAAAAACAGGUGUCUUAUUGGAUCACUAGUCCAUACUCCCAAUCAAAUGCCCAGUACCUUGUAAUCUAUGACCAAUCAUUUCUUUUUGUAUUUAUUAUUGUGUUAUGACAGUGAAUUCUUUUUCAGUAUGUGUGGCUAAAUAUUUGAAUUCUUUAGAAAGUGUUGAUAUAUACAUAUAAAUAUAUAUGUGCAACAAGUAAAAGAUGAAUAAGAAAAUACAAAAGCGUUUAUUUCUGUUUGUCCGAUGCAAAAAUUUUGUGGUGGGCCUUCCUGCCACCUACAUAUCACUCAGUUGAUUGGAGGACCGUGAUCACGUGUGUUUCUCCCUCACCAAUCAGUGGGAGCUGAUUUUUGUGUCACAAAAGUAACCCAAUAAAAUAAAACAAUUGCUGCCAUGUCAAA